AUGGACCAGCUCUUCGCGGCUGCUCUUGAGGAGAUCGCUCUUGAAGGCCGCUGCUCCCUUUCCGCUCUGCUUUGCCUGCUCUCCCCCACGUGCCAGCAGCUCCGCCUGCCCCUCCCCCUGGACUCCGCCUUCAGCCAGUUGCUCUUCUCCCGCCUCCUCCGCUGUCCCUCCCUCUCCCUCCUCUCCCAUCCCCCCCUCUCCGGCUUCGCUCCCUUAGAAGAGUCUGUUUUGGAUGGUUAUGGUGUAGGAGGAGGGGGAGGAGAGGAGGGAGGAAGCGGAGGUGGAGGAGGGGUAGGGGUGGGAAAGGCUUUAACGGAAGCAGCGGCGGAGAGGGGGGAGGAUGAGUGUGGAGAUGAAGUGAUGAGAGGAAAGAAACAGAGCCAGAAGAAGAAAUCGGGGAAGGAGAAGGCAGUGCGGUUCCGGUGGGUGGGUUGCGGUGGUGUGCGGGGUGAGGGAGGUGAAGGAGGAGCGGGAAGCGUGAGGAAUGAAGGACAAGGGAAGAAGGAGAAAGCAGAGAAAAGGCGAGCAGCAGGGGGCAGAGGGGGAGGGGGAGGUGGAGGAGGAGGUACAGGAGGAGGAGGAGGAGGAGAAGAAGAGGAGUGGGGAUGGGAGCGUGCAGAGAGGGAGGGGGUGGUGGUAGUGGCGCAUAAGGGGCUGAGACUGGCGUCUCUGGGCGUGUACGAGGAGAGCGAGUUUGAGUGUGAAGAGUAG